AUGGCUGCUUCAACAAAAACCACGCCAUUACCCCUAAGCUCCGACAGUGAUCUCACCAGCAAACAAGUAGACGUCAGUCGUGAAUACGAAGCCGGGCAAGAACAACAUAGCUCUGCAACUGAACCAAUUCACAAUGCAUCUGGACUCCCUCAUGACCUAGAAAAAGAUACUACCGCUCCCAGUACAACCUCUCCAGAGCAGGUAGCUACUGUGAGAAACUAUUCCGGCUUCCGCUGGUUCCUUGUGUGCUUCUCCCUAUACUCUUGCGCCUUCUUGUUCGGCCUCGAUGGAACUAUAGUAGCGGACAUCCAAGCCCCCGUUAUCGAAGCGUUUGGAGCUGUCGAGAAGCUCUCCUGGCUCGGCGUCGGCUUUCCGCUCGGCAGCGUCGCGUCGAUCCUCUGCAUUGGACGGGCCUUUGGUGACUUUGACGUGAAAUGGGUCUUCAUCGUCAGCAUGGUAAUGUUUGAGGCUGGAUCAGCUCUCUGUGGUGGUGCGCCAAGCAUGAAUGCGAUGAUCAUAGGUCGUAUCUGGGCUGGCGCCGGUGGUGCAGGCACGUACCUCGGCGUCCUCAACAUCAUCUCCAUCAACACUUCUCUACAGGAGAGGCCGUUGUACAUGUCCCUCUGCGGCCUAAUCAAUGGAGUCGGAUUUGUCCUCGGCCCCAUCAUCGGAGGGGCCUUCGCCAACAGCUCAGCCACCUGGCGCUGGGCGUUCUACAUCAACAUUCUCAUUUUUGCCGUCUGCUCCCCCGUCUACGUCUUCAUCCUCGAGCCCUUCGAUCCGCAACCAGGGAAGACCUGGAGCAACAAAGUGAAGAAUAUCGACUGGAUCGGAGUCGUCCUCAACGCCGCGAUCUACGCCUGCUUGGUCUUGCCCGCGACCUUCGGCGGCACCCAGUGGGCUUGGGGAGACGGCCGCACCAUCGCCAUGUUCGUCGUCUUGGGCGUGAUCCUCGUUGCCUUCGCCAUCCAACAAACCUUCUCCAUAUUCACCACCCCAGAACGUCGCAUCUUCCCCAUCGACUUCCUCCGCAGCCGCACCAUGGUACUGCUUUUUAUAGUUACCUCCGCAGCCUCCACCUCCCUCUUCAUUCCUAUGUACUAUAUCCCCCUGUUUUUCGGCUUCGUGCACGGCGACUCCAACAUCGAAGCCGCGGUUCGCUUGCUCCCCCUUAUCGCCAUCACCAUCUUCGCAACCAUGGUCAACGGCGCGCUGAUGCCGCGCUUCGGCUACUACAUGCCUUGGUAUUUCGUCAGCGGCAUUUUACUCAUACUCGGGGGCAGCCUGCUGUACAGCAUGGAGCACACCACGACGCCCAACUCGACCAUAUACGGCCUAAGCGUAUUAGUCGGGUUCGGCGCCGGGUUCGCGCAGCAGGUGGCGUUCACCGUUGCGCAGUCGAAGACGGGAGUCAAUCGUAUCGCGGACGCGGUUGGGUUCAUCAGCAUCGCGCAGCUUGGCGGGAUGCUCAUCGCGUUGACCAUCACGGGCGCGGUGUUCCAGAACGUGGGUUUCCAGCUUGUAAGCGAUGCGCUGCAUGGCCUGGGCUUCUCGGCCAAGGAUAUCCAUGCAGCGCUGGCGGGCGCGAAGUCAACGAUUCUCACAAGCGUCACCCAAGAGGUGCGUGAGAGGGUUGUGGAGGGAAUCGUGAAGGCGAUUAGUGAUGCGUAUAUACUUGUGGUUGUGGCGGGUGCAUUGAUGCUAAUCAGUGCGUGUUUCAUGAAGAGGGAGAAGUACAUGGAGAUUGGUACCAAUGCUCAAUAG